AUGAUGGACAUUCAAGAUUACACCGUUCUCUUUCUUGUUUGGUUAAUCUCAACCAUUCUUGUUCGAGCCAUUAUUUUAAAAAGACGAUCUAGAUUUCAUCUUCCUCCAAGUCCAAUAGCACUUCCAGUUAUAGGACACCUUCACCUCCUUCGUCCCAUCCCUCACCAAGCACUUGACAAGCUAUCAAAACGUUACGGUUCUUUAUUUCAUCUAUCAUUCGGUUCUGUCCCUUGUGUUGUUAUAUCUUCUCCUGAAAUGGCAAAAGAAUUCUUGAAAACUCAUGAAAUGUCGUUUUGCAAUCGGCCAUCAACGGUCGCUGUCCGGUGCUUGACUUAUGGAGCAUCCGAUUUCAGUUUUGCUCCUUAUGGACCUUAUUGGAAGUUUAUGAAACAAAUAUGCAUGACAGAACUUCUUGGUGGACGUAUCCUUGAUCGGUUUCUUGAUAUUAGACAUGAAGAACUAAAGAGUUUCUUGAAAUUAAUAUUACGAAAGAGUUACGAAGGUAAAGAAGUUGAUCUUGGAGAAGAGUUAAUGACAUUCUCAAAUAAUGUAAUAUCAAGAAUGACGAUGAGCAAAAGGUGCUCGACGACCGACGAUGAGGCUAAUGAUGUAAGGAAAUUGAUUGAAGAGGUUGGUGUGCUUACUGGAGAAUUUAAUUUUCAAGAUUAUAUUUGGUUUUGUAAGAAUAUUGAUGUACAAGGAUUUGGGAAGAGGCUUAAAAGAUUACAAGUGAAAUUGGAUUCAAUGAUGGAAGGUAUUUUGAAAGAACACGAAGAGGAAAGAAUGAAAAAGAAGAAGAAGAUCAACAAUGGUGAAUUGGGUGAUAAAGAUCAUAUUAAGAAAGAUUUUGUUGAUAUACUGCUGGAUAUUAUGGAAGAUGAGAGUUCAGAAAUGAGACUGUCCAGAGAUAGUGUCAAAGCAUUUAUUUUGGAAAUGUUUACAACAGGCACAGGUACAUCUGCAGGUGUAAUACAAUGGGCAAUAGCUGAACUCAUAAACCAUCAAAACAUAUUCAAGAAAGCAAGAGAAGAGAUUGAUUUUGUCGUUGGAAACAAUAGGUUGAUCGAAGAAUCAGAUAUUCAAAAUCUACCUUAUCUUCAAGCCAUUGUUAAAGAAACCCUAAGAUUACACCCAUCAGGUCCAUUGUUCACAAGAGAAUCAACCCAAGAUUGCAACAUUGGAGGCUAUCACAUUCCAGCUAAAACAAGACUUCUUGUUAACGUGUGGGCGAUCGGAAGAGAUCCUAAUUAUUGGGAAAAUCCACUUGAGUUCGAACCAGAAAGAUUCAUGGACAAUGAAAAGAAUGGUCUGAUUGAUGUUAGAGGUCAAAAUUACCAUCUUUUGCCAUUUGGUAGUGGAAGGAGAAGCUGCCCAGGAACUUCUCUGGCAUUACAAGUUAUUCAAACUACAUUAGGGUGUCUGGUUCAAUGCUUUGAUUGGAAAGUUACUAAUGAUAAUAAUAAUGUAGAUAUGAGUGAGGCUGCUGGGAUCUCUCUUUUGAUGGCAAAUCCAUUGAUGUGUGUCCCAACAGCACGUUUACAGUAUGAGAAAAUUAUAUGCUAAAGCUGAAGUAUGUGCAAGUUUAUUGUGCUAAACCUAUUGUAUUUGUCACGACCCGUUUCCGUGGGCCGGACCGGCACUAGGACCUGGGUGGGCUUAAGGCCCCCAAAGCCCGUAGUAAGCCUA